UUUUACCAACACACACUCCCUUUCACGCAUUUUGCAAAGAAAGAAACCCGCAGGCAGCCGCUUAUCACCCUCUCUCCCAAGAACAAACCCUCGCCGCCGGCCACACAACAAACCAACCGGAAAAUGGCUGAGAUAACACCACACCCACCGUGACUCUCAUCUCCAUUCAUCAUAUUUGUUUCUCUACUCUGUUUUCGUGUUUUUCUUUCAUUCACGUCUCAAUCUCAACCACCAUCACAUUUCAGUUUCGUUUUCGUGAUUCUCAUCUCCAGGUGUUUUUAAUUGAAGUUGAAUUACCAUUUUUAGUCUAUCAGGGUAGAAAGAAGCAGAGAAGAAAAUGAAUAAGGAUAAGAUUUUCAAGUUGGCAAAGGGGUUCAGGGGAAGAGCAAAGAAUUGCAUUAGGAUUGCUAGGGAGAGGGUGGAGAAGGCGUUGCAGUAUUCUUACAGGGAUCGCCGGAACAAAAAGAGGGACAUGCGAUCCCUUUGGAUUCAAAGGAUUAAUGCUGGCACCCGCAUUCAUGGUGUCAAUUAUGGGAACUUCAUGCAUGGGCUGUUGAAGGAGAAUAUUCAACUUAACAGAAAGGUUUUGUCAGAGAUAUCUAUGCAUGAACCCUAUAGUUUCAAGUCAUUGGUAGACAUAUCACGAAAUGCAUUUCCUGGAAACAAGAAUGUGGUUGUCCCUCCAAGAAAGGUGUCCUUUUAGAGCAUUUGGCACUUCAGCAAACAUUUAGAUGUAGUUUAUGUCAGAAUGGUUAUGUAUGUUUCAGGAUUUCGGGUUUAGUACACUACAAAAGAUGUCAGUUUUGUAUGCCUAUGAUUCAUACUCUUCGGUGGUUCUUCUUAACCACAUAAUUCCCCUCCUCUAGUUUUCCUUUCAUUUGCUUCGAUGUCUGUAAUGUUGUACAAUUAUAAAAAUGAAGCUUAGUUGUGAUCGGCUAUGUAGAAUAUUUGCUGCCAUCAGGCUCCAUCUUAAAAUAGAAAAUUCUUCAUUUACAAA